AUGGCCUGUCGCGCAGCCGCAGCGCAGGCAGAGGCGGAGGCCGUGAUGUCCGGACGGCGACAAUCGCGCGGAUCCCCUCGGUGGCGCGGGAACUUCCGGGGCUACCCCUACUUCCGGCGGCCGGCCGCUCUCGCGAGAGGAUGCGGCAGUCGCGCGGGCGGGGCGUCGCGCGCGAGGCGGGCCCAAUGCAGGCCUGAUUAUCCGUAUAUUUCAGGUGAGAAGCAGAAGAAGGGGCGCCCCUACUCAGUCCCGAAGACUGACGGAAGGUCCACGGACAGGCACUCCCGAGGGAAGCCUCCGGGCGCCGGGCCUGUGGAGAGCUUCCAGCGGAGGAAAGGGCCGCCGAGUGGCAGUGGCCCUCUUCAUCCGAAGUGGACGCUAGCACGCGCCCAGGAGGGCCCCGAGCCCGCGGGUGCAGGUGCGGUAGGCCGGGAAUGGGGCAGGCAGGCCAGAGGCGCGGUGCCGGGGAGCUCAUACAAGGCGCUUGCCCCGGGGUGGAAGGGGUGGUGUCCCAGUGAAUGCCCAGAAUCCCAGGUAGAAAACAAGCUCAGUGCCGGUAGAAACCUGAUGAAAAGGUAGUUAAGCAAGAAGAGAGUCACCAUUCCACAAAUCAUCAUCACCAGAGCCUCAAAUGAGACUCUCAUUAGCUAUGGUUCUAUCGGAAGUGAACAGCAGAAAACCAUUCAGGAGCAGGCCGAGUGGGGCCUCUACUACUGACAUAGGAACCCCAGUACAGUAGACGCCUAUGAUUUACAGACCAAAGAAUAAACAAGUGCCCCUGAGCAGCCACUGUCACGCCCUGUGCUCUGAGUCUCCGAUGACGGCAGAGGGCAGUCCUACCCUGUGGGAAGCUGCAGAUGCCCCUUCAGUAAAUGAGGGUCCCCCAGUGUUUUCAUCUUCCCCAGAGCUGCUGGCAGCUUGGCAGCAGGCAAGAGUGACUGGCUUGAGAGAGUGAACCCUGUUGUAAUAAAUGAAUAAAUUGGUGUGCAGAGUAACAGAUGGCAGGCCGCACCUGUUUCUGACUUGGGGGGCAGCUGAAAUCUUCCCAUUCACUUGUUAAGUGUUGGGUAAGUACUCUGCGGUUACAGUGAAUGAAAUGUACCCCACACUUGAAGAGAAGUUUGGGCUCUGAGGACUAAACUUUAAGGUAUCAUGUCCCAGAACAGGGAAGUGCACAGUCACCCUGGAGGGCCCAUGGGCUCCUGGCUUGACUGUGAUCUGAUCCAGGAUAUUAAAGGAACCAGAAUAAGAAUGUGGAACGACGGACAGCCAUGGCACUUAGAGCUCUGCAAGUGGCCUUGUCAGAGCGGCCCCAGGAUGAGGGUCAUUGGGCUGACAACGUCCACUCUUUCCACGGUGGAUGAAGCCUCCUACAGCUACCCCACCCUCAUCAGCACUCCGUGAGUCAGGCUCAUUCUCCUCCAGUGUGGCUGGAGAGAGUGCCCCGGCCUGCUUCUCACAUUGAAUCUGCUGAUGGUAGGUGCUAGCUUCAUUAGUUUCUGGAAUGAUCAGCAGGCCUCAUAUGUGGUCUCCAUGUCUCU